AUGUCCACACCAAACUCCUCGCUGUCGAAUGCCUCCUUUGUCCUCGCGGCUCUCACGGCCGGAGGCGGCGCCGUGGGCUAUGCUAGAACUGGCUCUGUUCCCUCAAUUGCAGCUGGAUUCUUGGUCGGCUUCUUGUAUGGCCUCGGCGGAUAUCGCAUCGCCAACGGCCAGCCUUACGGCGUUGAGCUGAGCCUUCUUGCUUCGGCGGUUUUGGGAGCUUCGUCUAUCCCUCGCGCGAUCCGCCUCAAGAAGCCCGUGCCUAUUUUCCUCAGCGUCCUGUCGACCUAUGGUCUUCUCACCUUUGGUUCUGCGCUGCGCAGGGCCUAA